UAUACACAACUUUAUUCCCUCUUUAUCUUUGCGCUUUCAUUUAUUAACAAAAGCUUCGAUGUGGUAGGACGUUACAACACUCAUUGUGUUUGUCAUCGCUCUCAUUCACAAUAAAGACUGAUGUGGUCCAGUCAAAUAUCCUGAACAUUUAAAAAGAAACCACACUGCCUCUUCAACUAUUGCCUGUAAAUGAUGUUAAAUGCGUUGGCUGGUUUGGAACUGGAGGAUGAGGUGGAAUAUAUGGACACAUCUGACACCCCAUGGUACUGGUUUUACAAGGCAGAUUGCGGUGUCUGGCACAGGGUUGAGGACGAGCCAAAGAAUUCCAUGUCCAGUGCUGAGCUGGAGAGAUACUACCUCAAAAACCCAUAUGGGGUUAUUCAAAUAUUCACUUCUGGAGGUCAAUUCAAGAUUGACUUUGCAGCACGCACACAGGUCAACUUGAAAACUGGGCAAACAAGGGGGAUCAAACGCUCUUAUCAGACUGAAUAUGGUUUCAGAUGCCAAUGUGAUGACGUUUUUCCAUCUCCACCUGCAAACUGGGAAAAUGUUGAUCCCAGACAAACUUAUCAGAUAAUACCUUUGAGAAGGGAGACCAGAGAAUAUCAGCAGGUGGAGCGUUUCGUCAGGAAUGAUGGCUUACUGCUGGAACCCAUUAUAUCCAUCAACAGAAUACAAAAUCUGGACCUCUGGGAAUUGUUUCAAAGAAAAAAAAUCCAGUUGAUGAGGAUAAAGGGGCAGUCUGAUAUUGAGGAGCAAAGGCUGUUUCACGGCACAAGCGAAAGAAACCUGCACUUUAUUUGCACAUAUAAUUUUAACUGCAGACUAUCAGACAGGAGAAGAAGGAGCCAUGUAUAUGGCAAAGGAACCUACUUUGCAAAACAUGCAUCAUUUGCUACCAAAUACAGUGAAAUCACCAGCCGUGGAACCAAAGUAAUGCUGCUUGCUCGCGUUAUUGUUGGCAAGUACAAAACAGGAUAUCAGGAUUAUUGCAAACCUGAUGAUGACCAGGAUGAAAACCUACAUGAUAGUUGUGUAGAUGAUACACUUUAUCCAAGGAUUUUUGUUAUCUUUGAUUGCAAUCAGAUAUAUCCUGAGUAUGUGCUUGAGUAUCGCAACAACUGAUCUCUGUAAGAAUGAACACUAGCCAAGGGCGUAGAUUUGGCUCGAACACUGGGAGGGUUACAGUGUGAUGAAUUUACAUGUUUCCAUUGAUCAUGGAAUAAAUAUUGAGGGGGGAUGUACUUGCUUGUUUUGAUUAUUGGGGGGGGGGGGGUUUGCUUUCCCUUGCAA